AUGGCCAACCUCUCCAGGACAGCCAAGUCCGGCAAUAAUUGGACUACAGCCGAGCUAGGCGCAUACAACAUGAUGCAUACCUCCAUCACUCAGACUGACGUUUGCGUCAUGGACUACAAUGAAUCUUUGCUGCUGCUACAGGACGAUGAGAGGUUAACGAGCAUGAAGGAUCCAGAACCGCAGGUCAUCGCAGAGGCAAUUGCUGCCUUUGCGAUGAACAAUAUGACACGAGAACGCAAGCUUGAUCUGCAACCUCGCGACGCCAUCACGUUCCCUGCCCUUACCAUGACUGGCACCACCCCACCUUCUACAAAGCCUUCAAAAAGUUUUUGGGCAAUUGAACCAAGUCGGACCCAUCCCUUUUUUCAGCUGUUUGUCUGUGUUAUCUUUAAAAAUACUUGGCGAAGCGUCUCAUUCACUGCUGCAUCGAAAUGGGAUGCGUCACUUCUCUACCACCCCAUUGACCUUGAUCUUGAUGCUAAGAUUUUUGGAAAGCAACUUGUCUCUCUUGUUCACGAAGGACGUUAUGGAGCAGCGGAUCGACUUCGAUACCGACUCAUGGAUGGCGAUGUUAGGAUAAAGCAGCACACGGUGUAUGAAAGUGCGGCAAUUGCAGCUCUGCAAUUGUCGGAUCCAGAAAAGAGGAUGUCUGACUUUACUGCAUGGUCCACCCUCGUUCCGGACAAGGACAGUCCUUGCACUACACCACACGUCUUUCGCGACACGCGCACAGCUCUAUUACUCCAGGGGUCCCCUUCUCUGAAUCUCCCUCUUGUGGAGCGCUUUGGCAUCAUAACGGCCGCCAAGGGAUAUCGCAGAUACUUCCCCGCCAUAGCCCGCGUCGUAGCUUCCUUUGCACCUAACGCAAAACACAUUAUAAAGUUUUUUAUCGAAGCUGGGGAGCGCGCCACUGAAUACGCACAUCAUUUUCAUCCAGAAGAAGCCAUGGAAACUUCGCAGUGGUUUCGUCGAGCUGGGGUAGAAAUCAGCGCCCAUACUGGUAAACUUGGCGUGGCGCUCGAUCUCCUGAAACUCAAGCGAGACUUCUCAAUGCCGGACUCGACGUAUGAGCUUAUGUUGCUCAAGUUAUUAGAGAGCCAGAAGCAGGGCGGGAAGGGGGCUCCAGUCACAAAUCCGAGCAAUAGUGUCGAACUUAUUCAUAAACUUCAGUUACGUGAUGCACGCGCUAGGCGGUAUCUUGGCGGUACCAACGGAAAAUCGACGCGUCAGGUCAACAUGGAAGGCCCUGCAACAUUGAAACAUGAAAACAAAGGAGCUACCUUAUCAUAA